CUUUAGAAAUGGGACGCCGGUCUUCAGAUACUGAAGAAGAAAGCAGAAGCAAGAGAAAAAAGAAACACCGUAGACGGUCUUCUUCAAGUAGUUCUUCAGAUAGUAGGACAUAUAGCCGAAAGAAAGGUGGAAGAAAAUCAAGGUCAAAGUCAAGAUCUUGGUCCAGAGAUCUUCAGUCUCGCUCACAUUCUUAUGACAGAAGACGCAGGCACCGUUCAAGCAGUAGUUCUUCUUAUGGCUCUAGAAGAAAACGAAGUCGAAGUCGUUCGAGAGGUCGAGGGAAAUCCUAUAGAGUUCAGAGGUCUAGGUCAAAGAGCAGAACAAGAAGGUCCCGGUCAAGACCUCGUCCACGUUCCCAUAGUCGAAGCAGUGAAAGGUCCAGUCACAGAAGAACGCGUAGUAGGUCUCGGGAUAGAGAACGCCGUAAAGGCAGAGAUAAGGAGAAAAGAGAAAAGGAGAAGGAUAAAAGCAAAGACAAGGAAUUACACAACAUCAAACGUGGGGAAUCUGGAAACAUCAAAGCUGGAUUAGAACAUCUGCCACCAGCUGAACAGGCCAAAGCCAGACUACAGCUGGUUCUGGAAGCUGCUGCAAAAGCUGAUGAAGCAUUGAAAGCCAAAGAAAGAAAUGAAGAAGAAGCAAAGAGAAGAAAGGAGGAAGACCAAGCCACCCUAGUAGAACAAGUAAAAAGAGUCAAAGAAAUUGAAGCCAUUGAAAGUGAUUCUUUUGUUCAGCAAACAUUCAGAUCAAGUAAAGAAGUCAAAAAGUCAGUGGAACCUAGUGAAGUGAAGCAUGCAGCUGCAACAUCAGGACCAACGUCAGUAGUUGCUGAUCCACCAAGUAAUGAAAAAGAAAUAGACCCUAGCAGCAUCCCUACUGCCAUCAAGUACCAAGAUGACAAUUCUCUGGCCCAUCCGAAUUUAUUUAUUGAGAAAGCUGAUGCUGAGGAAAAGUGGUUCAAGAGAUUAAUUGCUCUCCGACAAGAAAGGCUAAUGGGCAGUCCUGUGGCCUAAUUAACAUACAUAUGGUUGAAUUAACAGUAACAUUGGAAAUUUAGGUUUUUAAAUCCCAGUAUUAACUUUUUACUCUUAAAAAUAACUUAGAUGAUUAUAUAUAAAGGUAAUCUCAUUUCAUUCUUUUCUCACGUAGGCUUGAAUAUUUGUUGAUUUGAACUUAAUCAAACACUGAAUAGUAAAACUAAUGUAAAGUUUAAGAAUGCAUGAAAAUGUCAUACUGUUAAAGAAGCUAAUCCUAAGAACAGCAGUGUUAAAAUAAAAGGCACACAAUAAUGUUUCUGAAUACAAUAAAUAUCACGUUGCCAUUUAAAGGCACAAUUUUGAUUAAUCAUAUAUAUAAAAAAAUCAAAAUAAAUAUGAGUGGUCAUCUUCUAUAUAUUAUAAAACCAUUUUUGAAUCUUUUAUUUCACCUUAUUGUAAAAUUUUAGGCACAAUUAAAAGCACUAUAAACAAUCUUAAGCAGAAUGAGCCAUGUUAAUCUUAGAGGAAUAACAAAUUUAAUGAAAAAAUUUCUUGAAAAUUAAACGAAUUGUUGCUUUAUUGCUUAGACAUCAGCUUUUACUAGAUGCUCCUUUGAAUCAUGUUAGCAGGUCCCAGCUCAUUCUUUUAAAAAUUAUGUGUUCACACAAGACCUAACCAGUUGGCCACAUAUCAUGGUGGGGAAUUGUUUCUGAGAAAACUUGUAAGAGCUCUCACUUCAGUCUUACUUAACCAACUGCUGUUCCCUAUAGAGGAAGCCAGCUAAUGGUAAUUUUGAUAAGGCUAUCUGUCAUUGUGGAAUACCUUUCACUGGUAGCUGAAUGAAAAUCAACUAUGCAUUCCAUUACUGAACAUGCCAGAGAUAAGGACAUUUAGGCCUUGCCUUACAAAACUAGUUUUCAACAGUUACCCUUUUCUAUUUUGUUCUGCUCUAAUUUGUAUCUGUGAAGACUACAUGCAGCUCAGAACACAAGAUAAGCAUGAAAAGUUCUUAAGCUAGUAUUACCAAUAUAUAGGAGAUUUUGAUGCCAUCUUUUGAAAUUUCUGAAAUGACUAAAGUUGUAAUCCCUGUUAAAAAUGAAAAAUACAAAGAAUUAAAAACCAGUUGCAAAAGGCAUGGAAAAUAGACUGAUGACAAAAUACUUGUUUUCAUACAAACAUGUUUUCAUAUUCUAAUAUAUGCUAGUGAUUUGUUUUUUUUUUUCCCUUAGCUAUAAGUAAAAGUGCCCAGUAUGGACUCAGGUUUGUGUGGUUUUUAACAUAUACAAAUUUGUAGUAACUUUAAAAAGGGAUUAUAGUUACUGAAUAAUUUUGUGUUUCAUUCAUUAUGUAACUUGUAAAUAGUGAAAGGGCUGUUCCCCUUUGGGGAAGUGUGUAUCAGUGGUCUAGGCAAGAAUAUGGGUUGUCAUUUGGGCCACUAGUGAUUCUCCAAAGAACCUGGACCAGGCAUUUUUUUCUCAGUAUGCCUGAUGUUCCUCAUUUAUAAAAUAGUGAAAAUACUGUCAUCCACUUUAAUUAUAUUUAACACCCAUGUUCCUCUGUGACAAGUGGCCCAAAUGCAGAAGCUUGAACUGCAAUAGAUUUGUAUUUUAAAGCUAAAUUUUUCAUCAAGAUAGAGAAUAAUUUUUUUGAAUUAAUUAAACUUUAGUCCCUGCAGGAACUCAGUGACUAUUCCCCUCCUUCCUGAUUUCCAAUAUGAUUCAUUUUAAUGUAUUAUUAACUUUGUUUACCUGCAUUCCUGUUGAAGACUACAGUAUUACCGCACAAGCCAAAUCAAAUUUAAUGAGAAAGACUUCAUAGACCACUAUCAAACAUAUCACCAAAGUCAAGCUAGGUGAUGCAUCCAAGCUUUCUUUAAUAUCCUAAUAUAAUGAGUCUAUAAAACAGAACAAUCCUUUUCAUGUCACUUGAUUAAUGGCAACAAUUUGGACUUCCAUGAGACCUCAAAGUGUUUUUUGAAACACUGACUUCAUACAAAAUGAUGAGUACUAAUAGUACAAGUUUUCAUUUCUGAACUGAGCACAUUCUCAGGGAAAAUGGAAUAAAAACUUUUUUUCCUGGUACUUCCUAAUUAUGAAGAGGCAGAUACCUAAGAAUAUGAGAAAGAACAUUUUGAGUCAUUCAUCCUCCUCGCUUCAGCAUCCUAGUGUGCGAAAUGAGGAUACUAAUAGCAGACCUGCUGUCUUUGAUUUUUUAGUAAAAUAGCACAAAAGAAAGCC